AGUUUUAACUUGUACUAGUAUCAGUGCAUCGGCGGUUUCUCUACAAUAACGCCGCGAUGCCAUCAUUAGCGGAGACUUCUAGCGCUGUCUUCUAGUAGACGUUCAACCGCCUUGUAUCAUACGUCUUUGCCACCGAGAUGCCUGUGUACGCGGCGAUCUCGCCGACGUUCAGCACGCAGGAGGAGUCACUAGAUGAGCUAGUCAACUCGACGUUCUAUGCCGAGUCCAUGAUCAAAGGCACCGGAACGGGCGCCAAGAAGCACGCGACGACGCUCGGCCGGUUUGAGAAAAUCUUCGUCUUCAUGGUGGACCCCAACUCAUCGCGCGGGGCGUCGCUCUACAGCUUCUUCAUCGCCUGUGCAGCUUUUACAAGCUGCUUCAUCCUGUUCCUGCAGACCCUAGAUGGUCCAAACCACCAGAGUUCCGAGCCAGAGUACCCGAAACUUCCCAACGAGAGCGGCUACUACGACGCAGACCUGGUCUUUACUAUCAUUUUCACCCCAGAGCUGCUCAUCCGUCUCAUCAUCUGGCCGUCCUUAUGGCACGAACACGAAUACCUGACCGAGCGACGUCUAAAGCCUUUUCUGCGCGACUUUUUCAAUUGGUUCGAUGUCGCUGCCAUCGUCCCGUUCUACACAGACCUCAUCUUCGGUAAGGAGAAGAGCUUCGUCAUUAUGCGGCUGUGUCGACUGCUGCGUAUCUUCAAACUAGCGCGCAAUCACUCCGGGACGUACAUUCUGCUCCGAGCUAUCCGCGCCAGUGUCGCCCCCAUUUCCGUGGCUCUUAUUUUCUUCACAGAGAUUGUGCUCUUCUUCUCAGUUGUCAUGUACAUGGUGGAUCCAAGUUACGAUCGCAAUAAACCAGGCUUCUCGGAUCUACUCACCACAGGCUACUUUGUGGUGGUCACUGUGGCCACCAUCGGGUACGGAGACAUUACACCGACCAAAGGCAACGUGGCAAGCCGUUGCUUUGCUGUCAUGAUUAUCAUGUCUGGUACGUUGUUCUUGUCCAUGCCUUUGGCCAUUAUCGGAACAGAGUUCGAUCGUGCCUGGAAACAGCACGCAGAGAGCGUCAAGAAGUUCCAACAAUUACAGGCUGGAACCCACGUAGCUACCCCCGUUAACAUCGACCUAGCCGCCGCCACAGGGGACAAUCGCGCUCACCAGAAGCACGAAAUCCUCGUCAAGUACAAUGCGCCCAACAAACUCUACCUACGACUAGCAGCGCUUACGGGCGAGGCGUCUCUCAUCACACAGGCACUUGUCACCGAAGCUACGUCCCAAGACUUCAAUUUACGCCACCUACGUGAUAUUACUGGUGAUCUGAAGCAAACUACCGAGUUGUGUUUCCUCAAGUGCGAGGAACUGGCGGUAAUGGUCCGUGAUAUGAUUGUUGCAGAGUCCCAGGAGGUCGCUGCGCCACCAACAUGGCGAGAGUGGGCACGCACGACGAUUCUGGACCCAGAGUCUUCAUUCAUGGCUCGUGCGAUCUCCCGAUGGGUGAAAUUCUGCCUUAUAUUCAGUAUGAUCAUCGUCGUGUUCCAAACCAUGCCAGAUCUACAGACGUAUGGCGAGCAGACGUAUUUAUGCGAACGCAAGGUUCAGCGUUACUGCGAGAAUGUGGUGGACGUCGCUGUAGGUGGCAAUGAUCCUGGUUGCUUUUCUGUUGACAAUUCGAGCGCCAGACUUCGUUUUGGUUGCUCUGAUACUGAGAAACUUGUUGAUUCUACCUGCUACGGAUAUCCUGGAAACUUUGGUAGCAGCACCGUGGACGACAGACUUUCGUGCGAUGGAUCAGAUAAGGUACUUCUAAGCGUUAUGAACCUGAAGGGCUCGUCGUAUCGAGAUCAACUUGAUCUCGUCAUACCUUUCCGACAAGAUAACAAUCUAAUCAAACAGGAUAGGCGUUUGAGUGUGUGCAAGAAGUGGGAAUGCGACAACCUUCACGUGACAUUCUUCGAGUUCGGCAAUGGAUACGUGGCGAUGGAGUACAUAUUCACACUCACGUAUAUGUUCGAGUUCGCGGCCGCUCUGUUCGUGUGCGAAAACUACCGUACAUAUUUCAAGAACCCUCUCGUAUUCAUCGAAAUGGCGUCUUUCAUCCCAUUCUUCGUGUUUGAAGGACGUCGCUUCUUCAGUGGCGUGACGCCCAUUUACGUUAUCCCGCCAGCCUCCCAAGAUUUCCUUACGUUCCUGCGUCUGCUACGUUUAUCCCGUAUCUUUAAAAUUCAACAGAGUAUCCCUGUCACUAAGGUGUUGUGGGAGUCGAUUUCGAAGACGUCGGCAAGACUUACUAUCCCGUAUUUUAUGCUGAUGGUGGUGACUACCAUUCUGUCUUUCAUUAUGUUCGAGCUUGAGAAGGGUCAGGAGUGCUUUUACGGCCAAGAAUGUAUCAUUGGAGAGCACAAUAUGACCUACCCUGCUGAACUUGAAGGUUCUUUGCCUGGUAAACGCUUUCUUGUCAACUUUAAAGGAGAAAUAUCAAGCUUUGAUGAUUUCUUUUCGGCAUUCUGGUUUGUUAUCGUAACACUAGCAACUGUGGGUUAUGGUGACAUGGAGCCUGUGACGAGUUCGGGGAAGCUUGUAGCUGUCGUGGCUAUGAUCUUCGGUGCCUGCUAUACUGCCAUGCCACUUACUUUGGUCGGAUCUCAGUUCAACAAAAGUUACUUGGAAUACAAGCGACGUGAGGCACUUUUGAGGACCAAACAGGAGGUUGGAAAGCCUUAUGUCGUUAAACCAGGCGAGCUUGAGCGGUGGGAAACCUUUGCGCGCAAUGAAUCGUUUAAUCAAAUGCUGCAACUACUACGUGGUCGACUCGAGCCUUUGCUGGACUCAAUUGAAAAAAGUGAGGUCAAUAUCAUCGACGAUGACAACAAAGCCGAGAUUUCCAAUAUAUCAGCAGAGUUAAAGCGCGUCAUCUUUGUCGAGCGGUUACAAGUUAUGCGCGUUAGUGUGAUAGUAAACUAUCUGCGCAAAGAAGGCAUUCGGCUAGCCGAGCAGCAAGUGACGGCAUUACAAAGUGUAGUCUCAUAACCGGAUAGCAAGUUUGUAUCCGUAAAAGCUGAAAUUUAUUGCCUAGCAACAUGAAAAACAAGCGAAAAAAGUG